AUGUCGGCUGAGGAAGUUGUAGCAGAGGUUGAGGUGCCCAAGGAACUAGGAGAAAUGGAAGCUCUCAAGGAAGUGCUUAAGAAGGCUCUCAUUCACGAUGGUCUCAAGCGCGGAUUGCACGAGGCUGCCAAGGCCCUGGACUCACGUCGUGCGCGUUUGUGCUGUCUGGCUCAGGACUGCGAUGAGCCCAGCUACAGCAAGCUGGUGCGCGCUUUGUGCGAGGAACACGGCGUAAACCUCAUCCUGGUGCCCUCGGGAAAGCAGCUCGGCGAGUGGUGUGGUCUGUGCAAAAUUGACGCUCUGGGCGAGGCUCGCAAGGUCGUGUCUACUUCGUGCGCUGUCAUUACGGACUUUGGUGAAGAGACCCACGCUUUGAACGUGCUGUUGGACUACCUCAAGCGCCAAGGAGAGAACUAA